ACUUGCGUAAGAAGUGUAGGACUACCACCCACCAUGUAUUACUUGAUUAGGUGCCCCUUCAAUCUGAGCGAGGCCCGAAAAAAUAUUUAAAUAGACCCGGGGACGGUAUCAUUUGAAGGUUCAUGCUCAUCAAUCGAAUCCAGAAACAGAAAUACUUGCCUUGCUAUUCCCCUACAUUGAUACUGCAACGUCAAAAUGGCUGCACCAUCGGUUCCCACUGGCCAAGUCGCCUUCUUCACCAAGGCCGACUACUCAGGUGACAAGCACUCCUACAACAUCGGCGACGACAAGAAUCUCUAUCCUGGUAGCCUGAACGACAGUUUCAACUCUGCGGUGGUCGCCUACGACACGAAAGUCCUAGCCUGGCAGCACGCCAACUCAUCCGGCGUGUACAAGGAGCUCGAAGGGGAGAACCCCUCCCUCUCGGCCCUCGGUGGCCUGUCACGCUUCAAGGUCAUCGGGAACGACGUCCGCGUCAUCGCCUUCAAAUUCACCGAUGAGACUGGCGGGUCCGCGAGGCAGUACAGCCUCAAGCUGAACGCCGCCGACGUCGGAGAGAAGAUCCUGUAUUCGAACGAGGAUGACGAAUUCAAGCUCGUCGGCACCAUUGGCGAGACGGGUCCGCCCGUCACCACAGCCAUCUACUUGAGAAACGAGCACACGGGACAGUACUUGUCCGUGGGCUCCGUCUUCUUCCAGUGGAAUGCGAAGACCAAGCAGGUGGACAUCGUCUCCAACGAAAAUUUCCCUAAGCAGCUCAAGGAGGAACGAACGGGGCCGAGCAAGUUUGUGUUGACCCUUAUUUCCAACAAACCAUCAGAGUAGCACUGGCAGCAGUACGGCCAAAUGUAGCGACCCUUCGCCGUUGGUCUGAAAGCGGGUGUGGGAUUGUUUAUUCAUGAUCGCAAUCAUGAUGCUGAUUCAACAAAACAAUAUUCGUGCAAAUUAGCAAACAUAGUUGAAUCGAAUGGUGUUUCAUA